AAAACGGCAGAAAUGGCAGCGGAUACGCCAUUUAGUCCGGGCCAGAUUCACCGCGCCACAGCCCCGAGCUCUAGUAUGGGCAGCAAUUCAUCCUUAGGCAGGGAUAAAGCAACGGGUACUGCCAUGAAGACAGGAAGCUCGCUGCAAGAGGAUGUCGUCCAAAGCCAGGCCAUUUUCGUACAGGGCCAUCUUCCGCUAUCGCAGCCACUUUGUUUAGAGUGCGAACGACCAGUGACGCGCCUUACCACGAGCCGUUACAAUCGGAAUGGUAACGCUCGUCGUCCGUACUUGAAAUGUGUACCAUGCGACAAGUUCCAUUCCUUUGCGGACGAGCAAGGAAAUAAUCCUGAGAACCUUAGGUGUCAUUGCGGCGAACCUAGUAGGAAGCAGGUUUCUGGGAUUAAAACCCAAUCGCAAAGAGGUUUACAUUACGUUUGUAGCCUAGGGAACUGCGACUUUUAUCGCGCGGCAAUAGGGCCGAGUGGGCAUCAGGUAUUGUUGGACGAAAGACUCCCAAAUCAAAUGAGGACGCUUGGGUUGGUUUGAAGAACGAUCUAGAUGUAGUUUGGUUGUGCGACUCUCGCGA